CUAGCUCCACCAGUGGCCACACAGUUGGAGAGGAGAUGGCGGCCAGAGGGGGCUUUCAGUCAGCACCAGCCGGUGGAGGAGGAGGCGUAAUGGGUCCCGGACCUCCAGUACCGGGCGCGGGGCCAGGCAUGGGCCCAGGGACUCCCUCUGGAAGGAUGGGACCGUCACCGGCCGCGCAGAAUCACAUGUACCGCUCCCCAAUGCCCGGGCCUGGGUACCCGAGACCAGGCAUGCCUCCAUCUAGCCGCAUGACCCCGCAGGGACCCGCCAUGGGCCCCCCAGGCUACGGCGGCAGUCCGGUGUCACGCCCGGGGAUGCCCGGCGUGAUGGACCCGUCUCGCAAGAGGCCCGCCCCGCAGCAGAUCCAGCAGGUUCAGCAGCAGAGCCGCAACCAGCAUACGAAGAAAAAGAAGAUGGCUGAUAAAAUUCUACCUCAGAGAAUCAGGGAACUGGUCCCGGAGUCUCAGGCUUACAUGGAUCUCUUAGCCUUUGAGAGGAAGCUGGACCAGACCAUUAUGCGCAAAAGGUUGGACAUCCAGGAGGCCCUCAAAAGGCCCAUCAAGCAAAAGAGAAAGCUUCGUAUCUUCAUAUCAAACACCUUCAAUCCAGCCAAACCUGAUGCUGAGGAUGGCGAAGGCACUGUUGCAUCAUGGGAGCUUCGUGUGGAGGGGCGUCUGCUGGAAGAUACAGCUGUAUCCAAGUAUGAAGCCACGAAACAGAAGAGAAAGUUCUCCUCCUUCUUCAAGUCUCUGGUGAUAGAAUUGGACAAGGACCUUUAUGGUCCAGAUAAUCAUCUUGUGGAAUGGCACAGAACGGCGACCACCCAGGAGACAGACGGCUUCCAGGUAAAGCGGCCCGGCGACGUUGGCGUUCGCUGCACCGUCUUGCUCAUGCUGGAUUACCAGCCGCCGCAGUUUAAGCUGGAUCCUCGCCUGGCUCGCAUGCUGGGCAUCCACACCCAAACGCGACCAGUCAUCAUCCAAGCAUUGUGGCAGUACGUCAAGACUCACAAGCUGCAGGACCCCCACGAGAGGGAGUUCAUCAAUUGCGAUAAGUACCUUCAGCAGAUCUUCGAAACCCAAAGGAUGAAGUUUUCCGAAAUCCCGCAGCGCCUUCACGCGCUGCUGAUGCCUCCUGAGCCCAUAAUCAUUAACCAUGUCAUCAGUGUGGACCCCAACGACCAAAAGAAAACGGCGUGCUAUGACAUUGACGUGGAGGUGGAUGACACUCUGAAGACCCAGAUGAACUCCUUUCUGUUGUCGACUGCCAGUCAGCAGGAGAUCGCAGGCUUGGACAACAAGAUCCACGAAACCAUCGAGACCAUCAAUCACCUGAAGACCCAGCGAGAAUUCAUGCUCAGCUUCGCCAGAGACCCUCAGGGCUUCAUCAAUGACUGGCUGCAGUCGCAGUGCAGAGACCUCAAGACCAUGACGGACGUAGUGAGCAACCCCGAGGAAGAGAGACGGGCCGAGUUCUACUACCAACCGUGGGCUCAGGAGGCCGUGUGCCGCUACUUCUACUCCAAGGUGCAGCAGAGACGGCAGGAACUGGAGCAGGCACUCGGAAUCAGGAACACCUAAAAGAACUUUCAAAAGAGCUUCCUUUUUUUUUUUUUUUUUCUUUCCAGGCAUAAAUUUAUCCUAUUUUUGUCACGUCUUAACCUUUCAAACAUUCCUUUCUUCAAUAAGAAAAUGCCAAAGUGAGCUCAAAAACCAUCUGAUAAAUGAAAUACUAGUUUUCAUAUUUUAACAAAUCCGGAUGUCCCAUACUCAAACACUUGUUUGUGCCAUUAUUAUUAUUUUUUUUAUAAUGAUUAAACAUUUUUUAUGAAGUAUGUAUAUCAUUGUCUUGUUAGUACCGUUGACCAUGAAGGAAGUAGCUAGUUAGCAGUACUUCUAGUCCAAAUAGUUUUGUACAUCCUGAGCAAGAAGAAAAAUUCUUUAUCCUAUCAGAACUUUUUUUUUUCUUUCUUUAAGCUCAGAUAGUAGACGCUGUAUUUAUAAUAGUCAGCGGCAGAUAUUAAAGUGCAGCAAAUAUGUUGAUGAAAUGAUAGUGAAACAACACUGUAGUAAUUAUUUGAAGCUUUUUGAUGGACCAAACCUAUUUUUCUGUAUUGUUCUUAUGUCAUAUAAUAAAACACAUG